ACACGGACUUAUAUCUCUGUAUAUUACCUUUCUCGAGCCCUCUUCAUUCUCCUUCUUUCCCUUUACUCCAAAAACACACACAUACAUAAAUCGCAAUGGAUGUCACCGAAGUCUUAGCAGCUCACCAAGCUCAAUUCAAGCCAAUCACAGUUGACAAGCUUGUUCCUCUCGAAUUCGAUCUGAACUUACUUGCUGGUUUCGACAGCAAUCCCAUUGAUGAGAACCGCCUCACUAGUGAGAAGAACAAAUACUUGACAGAGUUGAUCCGUGACAACACUCAGUUGCUCAUCAACGAGAUCUUCAAAUUGCCUGUCAAGUCAACCGACAUGGGUAUUGUUGCCGAACUUCCUGCUCGCACCACUCCUCUUCCUCGUGAGAAGGCAUUGCCCAAGGAGAAGGCCAUGACUCGCUGGGAGAAGUUUGCCAAGAUCAAGGGUAUCCAGAACACCAAGCGUGAGCGUAUGGUGUGGGAUGAUGAUCGUCAGGAAUACAAGGCUCGUUAUGGCUACUCUGGUGGGGCCAAGGACGGCAAUGAGGAUUGGUUGAUGGAGGUACCCGACAACACUGAUCCCAUGGCAGAUCAGUACGAGAAGAAGAGAGAGGAGAAGAAGGCCCGGACAGACAAGAAUGCCAAGAGACAGAAGCGUAACCAGGAGGAGGCUGCCGUGGCUCCCUUGGUCAGUGGUCAGGGUUUGAUGAGCAAGUCUUCGAUUCCUGUCAAGGAAUUCAAGCAAAAGAGCAAGAAUGCUGUUCCCAAGAAGCUCUCCAAGAAGCCUAUCAAGCGAUAAAGAAAGAAUAAUAGUACUGCUAUUACUACUGCGACUACGACUACGAUUACGGUUACCACCUUAACAACAAUAACUACAACAACUACUAUUUCUGUUGUUUUUGAUGAUGUAGUAGUACUAGUACUAGUAGUGGUUAUUAUUAUUGUUACUGUUAUCAUUAUUGUUAUUAUUAUCAUUAGAGUGUUAGUGGGUUAGUGAGAUUGAGAGAGAAAAUGUUCAUAUUCUAUAUCUGUUGCUGUUGUUAUUUUAUUUUUUCCAAUUAUUAUUAUUUUUCAUCUUUCAA